AUGUCACAGUUCUACAAAAUAAACCUGGUGGAGAGGAGGCUUUACUUUAAUGAAAUCCACGACUUGUUUAAAGAUUAUGAAAUCAAGUAUUGUUAUGUGGACAGGAAUAAAAGAACAGCAUUUGUCACCCUGUUGAACGGGGAGCAGGCCCAGAGCGCCAUCAGGAAAUUCCACCAGCAUUCCCUGCGUGGCAAGGAGAUCUCCGUGCAGCUCCAGCCGACGGAUGCUCUGCUGUGCAUCACCAACCUGCCCCUUUCCCUCAGGAUAGAGGAGUUUGAGGAGCUGGUGCGAGCCUAUGGCAAUGUGGAGAGGUGUUUCCUGGUCUACAGCGAGCUCACCGGCCAUUCCAAGGGCUAUGGAUUCGUGGAAUACAUGAAGAAGGACUCUGCUGCCAAGGCCAGGCUGGAACUCCUGGGCAAGCAGCUGGAGGAGAGCACUCUGUUUGCACAGUGGAUGGAUGUGAACCAGCUGACCACAAACCUCAUUCACUCCAAGUGCCUUUGCGUGGAUAAAUUACAAAAAGACUGCGCUGAUUCGAAAGAGCUGAUCCAGGCUUUCUCCCUCAAGUACAAACCUGUGUUCUGCCAGUUUGCCCAGGACGAGGACGGCGGCAGCGGGGACUUUGCCGUGGUGGAGUACGAGAGCGCGGAGCAGGCAGAGAGCGUGAGAGGAGCCAUGGACGGGGUGACCAUCAACGGCAGGAGGGUCCAGGUGUCCUUCUGUGCCCCUGGAGCACCGGGCAGGAGCACCUUGGCAGCUCUGAUAGCAGCACAGAGGAUGAUGAGGAACAACAGGAAGGGCUUGCUUCCAGAGCCAAAUCCAGUGCAGAUCAUGAAAAGUUUUAACAAUCCAGCAAUGCUGCAGAUGCUGCUGCAGCCCCAGCUGCGUGGCCACGCUGUUAAACCUGUUCUUGGAGCAUCUGCAGGUUUACCUCACCUCAUAAAUUCAGCAGUUGGGCCACCUUUUUUGCAGUUGAAUAAAGUUCAUCAGAGCUCAAUUCUGGGGAACACCUCCAGCCUGCUGCUGCAGAGCCCUGCCCACCUGCCCCUGCCCCAGCAGCAGCUCCUGAAGAUGGAAAACAUGCAGGCAAACAGUAAACCAGGUUUGCUGGGAGAACCUCCAACAAUGCUCCUGCAGACAGUGCUGGGCAUAGGGGUGAUGCCAGCAGUGAACUCAGGCCUGGCAACACGAGGAGAAGCUCUCAAGUCAUCUAACCCCGCUCCCAUUGCAGCAGCGGCAGGGAUGGGCAUGCUGCCAUUCUUCCCAAAUCAGCACAUUGUUGGACAAGCUCUUCCCGGGCCCAACGCCGCUCCAGACAAAGGCGAGGCGGUGCCGGGAGCGCAGCCCUUCCCUCCGGCACUGCCCAGCCUCCCCGCCGGGAGCCUCCCCGCCGGGAGCCUCCCAGCCCUGCGUGCUGCCCCCUCCAAGGCUCCCGGGCAGCUCAAGAACUGCGACUCCAGCCUGGGGACUCCCUUGAAGAAACAGACUUCUCUGCUUGGGGAACCCCCAAAAGAAAUUCGACUGAGCACCAACCCCUACUUGAAUUUGGCAAGUGUUUUGCCUGGCAUCUGUCUGCCAGCAAUUGCCAGCAAAGCCUCCAGUCCUCCACAGCAGACCAGCCUUCCAAACAAUGUCAUGGAUGCUGCUGUGUCUCAGGGAACUGCAUCACAACAUGCAAUGGAAAAUUAUUUCAGUUAUUCCCAGCAGCCUGGGGAAUACCCACAGGAGGCUGUCCAGCAGUGGUACCAGCAUUAUGCUCAGGCACAUCACUCUACCCAGGCCAGAGUGGAUGGCUUGGAAAAUGAAGCCUCUGAGGAAUCUACAGGUGGAUCUUUCCCAGACUACAGCACCUGCCUGCAGGUGGUGCCUCCCCUUUUGAGUGGAGCCCAGGGAUCCCAGCAGGGUUUGCAGCCUCCUCCAGCAAAUCCCUUAAAGCAGGUGGCCCCGAAGCGCAGCUCCUCGUACCUCAUGUCCUCCCCCGAGCCCGGCCCCGUGGAGUUCCCGGCUCCCGGCGGAGCCGCGCGCUACUCGGAAUCCUCCCUGAAGAAGAAGCGCGUGUAUUGAUCCAUCAUCAUCCCCACGGCUUGAUCGAUUCCCAGCCCGGCCCGGGGUAGGGAAGGCAGGUGGGAAUCCCUCUGUAUUUAUUGCUGCCUUAACUUCAGACAAUGAGUUCUUUCUGUGUGGGGUGAGCGUCCCAAGAGGAGCCAGCUCUGUCCCGGCACAUCCAAGGACGCUGACGGGCGUGGCAGAGGUGGUGGCUGCUUUCACUUGGAGAGGAGGGGACAGUGUUGGCUUUGUCACCUGUGGGCUGAGGGACAACAGCACAGGGACUUGGGGAGCUGGGACAGCUCCAGCUGAAAGCAAUAAAAACUCAGAGGAAAGCAA